GCACCCCCACACCCACUACGACGUAUUUCCACAGGAUCCCUCUCUUCCCUCGCAAGAUCACAAGAUAGAGCUUCUUCCUCAGCCGCAGGUUUAGAUUUCUUACGUAUACCAAUGACCGACUUGGCGGACGAAGCUACUACCUUAUCUUCAAACCUGAACAAUUUGAAUGAAUUACAUGAUGCUUUGGGAACUUUCAAUGAGAGUUUUUCGGCUUAUUUAUAUGCUUUGAAGAUGAAUGCUUUUUGUGUGGAAUGGCCU